AUGAAAGUAUGUAAAAGACAGAGGCACAUAAAUCAAUGUGAAAGGAAAAUUAAGUUGUGGAGAUUAAAGGAUAAAAAUCUGAGAGAGAAGUUUAGUGAAAAAGUACUGGAAAAGGUAAAAUUGGCAGAGAGUGUUCAGGAGUGGUGGAAAAUAAAUAGUGCUGUUAUAAGGAAGACCGGGGAGGAAGUGUUUGGGUUAACAUCUGGGAGAGGGCUGCCAAAAGAUAAGGAAGCAUGGUGGUGGAAUGAAGAGGUGCAGAAGGUUGUGAAGGAAAAGAAAGACCCUAAGAGGAAAGGGGGUAUGUCCGGAAGUGCUGAGGAUGGGCAAGCAUACAAAAGUGCAAAGAAGGAGGCAAAACGAGCCGUGGCUAAAGCUAAAUCUGAAUCAGUAAGGGAGGCGUACGAACAACUACAGAAAAAUCAGGAUAUGAGACAACUGAUACGGAUAGGCAAACCAAGAGAUAAAGCUUCUAAGGAUCUAACAGCAAUAAAACAAAUGAAACAUGAAACAGGAAUAAUUCUGCAUGACCAUGGAAAAAUAAUCCAUAGGUGGUUGAAUUAUUUUGAGAAAUUGCUGAAUGAAGAAAAUGUAAGAGUGAAAACUGAGGAAGGAGGGGCAAACGAAGGAUUAACGAUGGAUAUAAGUAGAGGUGAAGUCGAACGGGCAGUUGAAAAGAUGAAAAAUGGGAAGGCAGUUGGCGCAGAUGAGAUCCUCGCUGAGGUAUGGAAGUGUCUCGGUAAAAAGGGAGUUGAACUCCUUUGGGACUUAAUGAAGAAGAUUUGGCGUCAGGAGGAGAUGGCAGACGAGUGGAGAACUUGUGUACUGAUCCCAAUAUUUAAGGAGAAAGGUGAUGUGCAGGACUGCAGUAACUAUAGAGGUAUUAAACUGAUGGCACCCACGAUGAAAAUUUGGGAAAGAUCUAUAGAAGCAAGAUUACGCAAGGAGACUGUGGUGUGUGAAGAACAGUUUGGGUUCAUGCCUGGAAGAGGAACGACUGAUGCAAUACAUGCUUUAAGGCGGAUAGUGGAGAAACACGGGGAGCUACAAGGGACGAAAUAUGGACAAGCAUGA